UCUGGAAGCGGUUACUUUCCUUCACUGAAGACUCCGAGCAGUAGCUACUUUAGAGCCUGAAGGAGUGUGGAGGAAGAGGCUGCUGCUGCUCGCACUACCUCUCUUGCAUAUAGGCGCACAACACAAAGCCACACAGGCACACGCGCACACAUACACACAUACAUACAUAUAUGCAUAAAACAGGCAAGCAAGAGCAGGGGCUGGAGUAGCGGCGGCAGCGGCGGCAGCAGCGGCGGCGGCGGCGGCGGCGGCGGCAGGGGCAGCAAGUAAAACCCACACCCCAAAGCAAAGGAAAGCUCUUUUCUUCCUCUUUCUUUCUCUUUUCUCUGACACUGUUUGCUGGUCCACGGCACCGCAGGUCGUGCUCGCAAGCCUGAGGAGGAAGCACCGCGGGGAGAUUUUGAUGUGAUUUGAAGGUCCUCCCGCACGCCACCUCCCCCCUAUUUUCUCCGUCCUCUUCAGCAGAGUCAGCGAAGCCCGCUCCCGGGGAGAGAAAUGGAAUCUUGCAAAUGUGGCUUUAAUGGACUUCGGGCGCUGAUCCUCCCUCUGGAUUUAUAGACCGAAGCUGCCUUUCUCAAGAGCCCUGCAACUACCCGGGCCGGUUCUCUGGGGAUUACACCGUGCAAGCUUGUCUGGGGGUGGGUGGGACGGAAAAUUGAAGACGACGAGACGCCUUUCAGAAGGUUUUACCUAUUUUUUUUGUGGGUCCGGUCACUCGCGCGCUCUUCGGCUUUUGUUAUUAUUUUUUUAAUUUUCCUUUUUUUACCUUCAAAGAUCAAACGCCGUGAAUGUGCCCGGGCACACUGGAUCCCCACGGGAGUUUAUCGUUUGAGUUGCAUCUUGCGCUGUAUUCCGGAGCCCCGAGAUAGCAGGCGGGCGGCGGGGGGUGGGGGGGGGGACUCAAAAAAGAGUUUUUGCUUUGGGGGUAGCUGGAUUCUGGAAUCAUACGUUCGGAGGAGCGCUCGAAGGUCUACUGUAACUCAAAUGACUCAGUAAAUUGGCUUGCAGCAAUCACCAAGUGCACAGAUCAUUAUUCUUUGAUUAGGUUUUUAUUUUUUUAUUAUUAUUUUUUUUAAACCGAAAGAAUUGGAGAUACGGGCGCUAUACUUGGUCCUAUUCAGGUACGGAAAUCCCGAGGAGUUGGGAAAGGCUUUGCGAAAAGGGACUUGGAGCGGCUCGAGCAUGGCUGUGAGGAGGGACUCCGUUUGGAAGUACUGUUGGGGAAUUUUGAUGGUUUUAUUCAGGACUGCAAUUUCCAGAUCGAUAGUUUUAGAACCGAUAUAUUGGAAUUCCUCGAACUCCAAAUUUCUACCUGGACAAGGACUGGUACUAUAUCCACAGAUAGGAGACAAACUGGACAUAAUCUGCCCAAAGGUGGACUCUAAAACUAUUGGCCAGUAUGAAUAUUAUAAAGUCUAUAUGGUUGAUAAAGACCAAGCAGAUAAAUGCACUAUUAAAAAGGAAAACACACCUCUGCUCAACUGUGCCAAGCCAGACCAAGACGUUAAAUUUACCAUCAAGUUUCAAGAAUUCAGCCCUAACCUCUGGGGUUUAGAAUUUCAAAAAAACAAAGAUUAUUACAUUAUAUCUACAUCAAAUGGGUCUUUGGAGGGCCUGGAUAACCAGGAGGGAGGGGUGUGCCAGACAAAAGCCAUGAAGAUCCUCAUGAAAGUUGGACAAGAUGCCAGUUCUUCUGGGUCAACCAGGAAUAAUGACCCAACAAGACGUCCAGAACUGGAAGCUGGCACAAAUGGGAGAAGUUCAACAACAAGUCCAUUUGUAAAACCAAAUCCAGGUUCUAGCACAGACGGCAACAGUGCUGGACAUUCGGGGAACAAUAUCCUUGGUUCCGAAGUGGCCUUAUUUGCAGGGAUUGCUUCAGGAUGCAUCAUCUUCAUUGUCAUCAUCAUCACCUUAGUGGUUCUUUUACUAAAGUACCGGAGAAGACACAGGAAGCAUUCACCCCAGCACACGACAACACUGUCCCUCAGUACACUAGCCACCCCCAAGCGAAGUGGCAACAACAACGGCUCUGAGCCCAGUGACAUUAUCAUCCCCUUAAGGACUGCAGACAGUGUUUUCUGCCCUCACUAUGAAAAAGUCAGCGGAGAUUAUGGGCAUCCAGUGUACAUAGUCCAAGAAAUGCCUCCACAGAGUCCAGCAAACAUUUACUACAAGGUCUGAAAGAACUCUCUGGUGGUACCCUUUGAUUUCCCAGAGGAAAUUUCCCGGUCAGAUGCUUUCAGUUGAGGGUUUUUAAUGACACAUUGUGCAUUAGGAUUGACUAGAGCACAGUGGGGGUGGGGGGAAAGGCACCAAGCCCCUUCGCAGAGAGCCUUCUUGAGCUGGACAGCUUACCUAGUCUGUAGAAUUUCUGUCUUGGUGAAUAAAUCUAUUCACUAGAAGCUGGAAGACUUUAUAUAGAAGAACCCAUUCUGAUUGCUGUACUCUUGUUACACACAUCAUCCUCCAAGCCAUGUGAUGCUGCGGGCAUUCGGGCAUGUACAAAAAGCCAAGGGAAGAAGGCGUGAUUUGUGGACAAUAAUCGGUCUAGGCGCACUGGGAAGGUGCCCUGGGAUCUCGAGCUCGAGAACGCAGGCUCCCUACUUGGCGGGGCUCUCUCUCUCUCUCUCUCUCAGCGCCUCCCGGAUAUGUCACAAAGACCUCUGUGGCUAAGUAAGACUCUUAAAAGUUCUCCUGCUUUUUAGUCCAUCACUGUUACAUCCACUUCUGUUCUAUCCAGGGUCCUGCAGGCCAUGCUUCUUCACACGAGAUUUCCUUUCCCUGCACAUCCGGCAUCGCUAAUGGAACAUUAAUGUCGUUGGGAGUUCUUGGCUCCCUCCAUUUGCUACAGCAGCUAGAGCUGAAUGGGUAAUACAUUUUCUAGAAAUUGUGUUUGCUAAUGAGGAGCCUUCCAGCCAGAAGUUAGGCCAUCCGCCGAUUCAGACUAGGAGUUCGUGGAUGGGGUUGGGGCGGGGGAAAGGGCUGACUGCAAGUGCAGUUCGACGCUGCUGCCUCUGAAACGCGAAGCUGGAAACAACAAAACAAAAACCAUUUCUAGGUAGCACAGCACUUUGGUUUGCUAAGUUGUAAGAGGCAAGUAGGAGACACAACACCACACGCAGUGGAUUAGGGCUGCAUUUGAAGGAAUUCACUGUUAUCCAAUAGCAAUGUUCAGAGAGAAAAAAUAGUACCUUUUGGUUCGGUAGAACAAAGGGGGGUAUUGUGAGUAAAUGAAUAAGCUCGGAGGGAAAGACAAUAGUAGGCCUCUGAUGAUAUAUUAGGGCAGGACUGUUGUGGUACUGGCAAUAAGAGAUACAGCUAGGAAGCUGUAGGAAAGUCUUAGUCUGCUUUGGGAUGGGUUUUUUUUUUUGUUUUUUGUUUUAUUUUGUUUUUUUAAAGCAGACUCAGCUGCUAUACUUAUCACAUUUUAUGAAACACAGGGAAAGCAUUUAGGAGACUAGCAGAGAGCCAAAUCUGACCUAGAAGUUCAAAAGCCAAAGGUCAAACGGGCUGUAAUUCCAUCGUCAUUGACAUUAUUAAAGAAUUCUCAUAUAUAAAAGGUAGGUCAGAUCUCUCCCCCUCCCCUCCCCCAUCCCCUGCCCCGAGACCCAGAUUGAGCCUUAUGAUACUUUGGUUUAUGGCGGUGCUGUCCCUGCUGCAUGGUGCAGUGUAGGUACUGUGACUGAGACAGCAGUUCACUCGGUGCUGUUUCCAAGUAAGCGCAUAUGGCGAACCUCUUAAGAAUCCACAAGACUGAAAUAAAUUAUGAUGUCGAGGGGGAGGAGGAAGAUAUGACUUAUUUAUAAUAGGUGUAUAGAACACAAGGGAUAUAAAAUGAAAGAUUAUUACUAAUAUAUAUUUUAAGAUUGCACAGAGUGCACACCAGAAGAUGUGAAAUUCAUUUGUGGCAAUUAAAUAGUCUGACCUCUUAGUGCUUUAGAACAAAAAGAAGAAGAAGUAGAAGGAAAAGAAGAAGAAUUUUUUAAAAAUUGGAUAGGUACUUCUGGGAAAAACAACUUCAUUCCAAAAAUAACAAUAAUGAGAGCAAAUACAAAAAUAACAAAAGUCCUCUGAAGGCAUCUCACGUAACAGUAGACUAGGAAAUACAAGCCCCAAAAUACCAGGAAAUCGAUGUUGCUACAUCAUAUUUUUAACAAUGACAAGAUGUUCCGGCAUUUAUUUUCUGUGUUGUGUUUUCCCUUGCCUUAUGGCUGAAGUGUUCGCUAGAAUCCAGCAGGUCACAUUGAGGGGGUUCCAGUUAAAAGUUUAGCUUUGGCUUCCCCUCCCCUCCUUCUCCCUGCCCUCCCUUCUGAAGGAAAAAAAAGGAAAAAAAAUAAACAUGAAACCUACUUUUUAUGUGCUAUGCAAAAUAGACAUCUUUAACAUGGUCCUGUUACUAUGGUAACACUUUGCUUUCUGAAUUGGAAGAAAAAAAUGUAGCAACAGCAUUUUAAGGUUCUCAAACCUCCAGUGAGUACCUGCAAAAAUGAACUGUCACAGAAAUGAUAAUUCUCUCUAUUUCCUGAACCUGAAAAAUGAUGUUGGUCCAAAAUGCGUGUUUGUGUGAGAGAAUGGGUGUGUGGCGUGUGUGUACAUAUAUGUAUAAUAUAUAUCUGCAAUAUAUAUUAUAUAUAUCUAUAUCAUAGUUCUGUGGAAUGUUACCAUGGUGACUAACCACAGUACAUAUGUAAUUCUUUCCAUCACCCCAACCCUUUUCUUCUUUAUGUGAAUCCAUACAAGAUUUUCUUGUAAGCCAUUAAAAUUUUAUUUUCAGGGUGGGGAGAGGGAAGAGAAGGGGGAACCUGGGAAUAGUGAGUCUGAUUUUAAUGAAAUCAAAUUUAUGUAUCAUCAGUUGGCUACAUUUUGGUCAUGUACUAAACUGUGAAAAAUCAGAUGAAUUGAUGAAGAGUUACCUGCAACCAAUUGAAAAUGUGUACUGUGUGUCUGUUUUGUGUCUGGUGCAGAAUAUGACAAUCUACCAACUGUUCCUUUAUUUGAAGUUGGUUCAGCUUUGGAAAGUUACUGUAAAUGCCUUGCUUGUAUUAUCAUCCCUAGUCACCUGACUUUGGAAUUUGCACCAUCAUGUUUAAGUGAAGAUGCUGUAAAUAGGUUCAGAUAUACUGUAUAUGGAUUCGGGGUGUUACAGUAGCCUUAUUCACCUUUUUAAUAAAAUACACAUGAAAACAAGACAGAGAUGGCUUUUCUUAACCAGAUUGUGUACAUAGAGCAAUGUUGGUUUUUUAUAAAGUCUAAGCAAGAUGUUUUGUAUAAAAUUUGAAUUUUGCAAUGUAUUUAGCUACAGCUUGUUUAAAGGCAGUGUCUUUCCCCUUUGCACUGUAAUGAGGAAAAAAAAUGGUAUAAAAGGUUGCCAAAUUGCUGCAUAUUUGUGCCGUAAUUGUGUACCAUGAAUAUUUAUUUAAAAUUUUGUUGUCCAAUUUGUAAGUAACACAGUAUUAUGCUUGAGUUAUAAAUAUUUUUUUCUUUCUUUGUUUUUUUUUAAUAGCCUGUCAUAGGUUUUUAAAUCUGCUUUAGUUCCACAUCACAGUUAGUCCUCCCCCACCCCCACCUCCCAGAAAAUGAAAUCCGUGAAAAAUCACAUUCCACGUCUGUUUCAAACUGAAUUUGUUCUUAAAAAAUAAAAUAUUUUUUUCCUAUGGAAAAA